UUGUAUAAUUAACUGCACAGCUGGAGCUCUUCUGAUCCCUCCACGUCUGCUCCUUCCUUUCCUCCUUCCUUUCUUUCCCCCUUGCAUCCACCUGGGCGCGAUCCGGGCGCGCUGCUCCUCCUCAGGGAGCGUCACUGGGGCAGGAAGGUUCCCUGAAUUCUGCAUUCCAGAGCCCUUCCUGGCUGGGAGCAGCACCAGGCAGAGCCUGCCUGCCUUGGAGGGGGCUGAGAGCCGGGAGCUGGAGCAGAGAGCGAGCAGAGAAACCCCUACAAACCCCUGUUUAGGCCAUGGAAACGGGGAGUGCAGCCAGGACAAACGGCACCGCCAGCAAGCCCGAGGACGUGAAGAGCCCAACUACCCCCAAAAAAGAAGAGGAGGCCAAGAAGGCCACGAGCCCUGGCGGAGGCGAGAAAGAAGCUAUAAAAGGCACGGGCGGCGCUGCGUUGGAGACAGGGCAGAUCAAGAGCUCCCUCUUCUCUGGGAGUGACUGGAAGAGGCCCAUCAUUCAGUUUGUGGAGUCAUCCGACGAGAAGAGGUCAACCUACUUCAGCAUGGACUCGGCCGACUCCAAGAAGAUGCAGUUCAACAGCGGCCAGAUCGGAGACAUGAGGAGACCAGGCCUCAACUUCCCAGAGAAGGGCGACCUCAGGAAAUCCCUGUUCUCCUUGGAUUCCAAAAAGAGCUUCCUGCCCGCUGAUGGGGAAGGGAGGAAGUCCCUGUUCUCUGCGGGGGACCUGAAGAAAUCCUCCCUGCCCCUGGUGGAGACGGGGGACCUGAGGAGACCCUUCAACAAGGCCGAGCGCGCGGCGGGCUCGCGGCCCCGCGUGAAGCUGGAGGACGUUCUCUGCGACUCCUGCAUCGACAACAAGCAGAAGGCUGUCAAGUCCUGCCUGGUGUGCCAGGCCUCCUUCUGCGAGCUGCACCUCAAGCCCCACCUGGAGGGAGCGGCAUUCCGGGACCACCAGCUGCUGGACCCCAUCAGGGACUUCGAGGCCAGAAAGUGCCCCGUGCAUGGCAAGACCAUGGAGCUGUUCUGCCAGACGGACCAGAUGUGCAUCUGCUACCUCUGCAUGUUCCAGGAGCACAAGAACCACAGCACGGUGACAGUGGAGAUCGAGAAGGCGGGCAAAGAGACGGAGCUGUCCCUGCAGAAGGAGCAGCUGCAGCUGAAGAUCAUCGAGGUGGAGGAUGAGGUGGACAAGUGGCAGAAGGAGAGGGACCGCAUCAAGAAUUACACCACCAACGAGAAAGCCACGGUGGACCAGCACUUCAAGGAGCUGAUCCGUGACCUGGAGAGGCAGAGGGAUGAGGUGAAGGCUGCCCUGGACCAGAGGGAGAAGAUUGCCUCGGAGAACGUGAAGGAAAUUGUGGAUGAGCUGGAGGAGAGGGCGAAGCUGCUGAGAGAAGACAAGGAGAACAGGGAGCAGAUCCACCAGAUCAGCGACUCCGUGCUCUUCCUGCAGGAAUUUGGGGCUCUGAUGAGGAAUUAUGUGCCCCCUCCAUCCCUCCCAACCUACAGCGUGCUGCUGGAAGGGGAGAGCAUGAGCCCAUCCAUGGGGCUGCUCAGGGAUGAUCUCCUCAACGUCUGCAUGAGGCAUGUGGAGAAGAUCUGCAAGGCAGACCUGGGCCGCAACUUCAUCGAGAGGAACCACAUGGAGAACGGGGAUCACCGGUUCAUGAUGAACAACUACGAGUGGAACCAGCCUGACAACCUGAAGAGAUUCUCCAUGUUCCUGUCUCCCAAAGCCAAUUUCAACCCACGGUCAUGGGAAUUUUCCUCCUUCCAAGCGACCGAGGAAACACUUGGUACGGUAGGCAAUGGCACUAAGCUGCCUUUUCAGUUCUCCUCGGUGGGACAGAAUCCGCCCGGUGACUUCAGCAAACAGUCUGAUGGGAGCCUCUUCACUAAGACCGCCUACCCUUCCAUAGUGAGGCACCAGUCCGCGAAGGUGACGCCACAGACGUGGAAAUCCUCCUCCAAGCAGUCUGUAUUGUCCCAUUAUCGCCCCUUCUACGUCAACAAAGGCAACGGAGCCACCUCCAACGAGGCGCCCUGAGCUGCUGCGUGAGAGGAGAGCUCAGCUGAGGAAUUGUCACAGAUGUCCCCGCUCCUGCCGACCCUGCUGCUCCCCCGGGCAGGGCAGGCAUGGCCCUGCCCUCAGCACACCAGGACUUCUCCCUCCUUGUGCCCUCCUUGUGCCCUCCUUGUGCCCUCCUUGUCCCCCCGGCUGCUCUGCCCCUCUGGGAAUUGUGGAUGCUUGGGUGGCACCCCCUGCUAGGCAGCUGUCCCCUUGUCCCCAGAGCUGUCAAACCCUGCUGAGUGCCCCAAAGCUCUUGCCAGGCUCCAGAUUUCCUCUCCACCCUUGUGUCACAUCCCCUGGUGGCAUCAGGGUGCUCUAUCAGCUCAGCUCUGCUCCUCAUCUCACAAAAAUACCCAGCAGGGUUUCCCUAGAGAUGUGGGAUGUGGCACCCCCUGCUAGGCAGCUGUCCCCUUGUCCCCAGAGCUGUUAAACCCUGCUGGGUGCUCCAAAGCUCUUCCCAGGCUCCAGAUUUCCUCUCCAUGCUGGGGUCACAUCCCCUGAUGGCACCAGGGUCCUUUCAAGCUCAGCUCUGCUCCUCAUCUCCCAAAAAAAAACCCAACAGGAUUUCCCUAGAGCUGGAACUGUGUCACCACCCCCUGCUAGGCAGCUGUCCCCUUGUCCCCAGAGCUGGACACUCCAAAGCUCUUCCCAAGCUCCAGCUUUUCCUUCCAUGGUGGGGUCACAUCCCCUGGUGAGAUGGGACCUCCAUCAGCUCAGCCCUGCUCCUCACCUGCCCAGAAACCUCAGCAGGAUUUUCCCAGAGCUGGGAAUUGUGGCACCUCAUGUCCCCAGAGUUCCUCCAGCAACUCAGCUCUGCUCCUCACCUCCCAAAAAUACCCAGCAGGAUUUUCCCAGAGCUGGAACCGUGGCACCACUCCCUGCUAGGCAGCUGUCCCCUUGUCCCCAAAGCUGGAUGCCCCAAAGCUCUUCCCAAGCUCCAGAUUUUUCUCUCCACCCUGGGGACACAUCCCCUGGUGGCACCUCAUGUCCCCAGGGUCCUCCAUCAGCUCAGUUCUGCUCCUCACCUGCCCAAAAACCCCAUCAGGAUUUUUCUAGAGAUGUGGAAUGUGUCACUCCCUGCUAGGCAGCUGCCCCCUUGUCCCCUGACCUCUUAAACCCUGCUGGACACCCUAAAACCCUUCCCAAGCUCCAGAUUUCCUCUCCACCCUUGUGUCACAUCCCCUGAUGGCAUCAGAGUCCUCCAAGCUCAGCUCUGCUCCUCAUCUCCCAAAAAACCCAGCGGGAUUUUCCCAGAGCUGGGAAUUGUGUCACCACCCCCUGCUAGGCAGCUGUCCCCUUGUCCCCAGAGCUGUCAAACCCUGCUGAGUGCCCCAAAGUUUUUCCCUCUCCACCCCGGGGACACCCAGUUCCUGCUUGUGUCACAUCCCCUGGUGGCAUCUCAUGUCCCCAAGGUCCUCCAAGCUCAGCCCUGCUAUUGACCUGCCCAAAAACCCCAGCAGGAUUUUCCCGGAGCUGGGAAUUGUGGCACCUCGUGUCCCCAGAGUUCCUCCAUCAACUCAGCUCUGCUCCUCACCUCCCAAAAAAAAACUCCAUCAGGAUUUUUCCAGAGCUGGGGAAUGUGUCACCCCCUGCUAGGCAGCUGUCCCCUUGUCCCCAGAGCUCCUAAACCCUUCCAGACAACCCAAAGCUCUUCCCUCUCCACCCUGGGGACACAUCUCCUGCUUGUGUCACAUCCCCUGGUGGCAUCUCAUGUCCACAGG